AUGUCAGCUUUCGAAAACGUUUCAGAGAUUCAAACUUCAAAGAUGCACGAACAAAAGACUACCAGAGCCGCCUUCAAGGCUCUCACCGAGACUAUCCAGCGUUUCAUCUUCAAGCAAGGCUCCUCCACGGAGGACCCCCAGGUCCAGAACCCACAGUGUCUGACCAACCAUCACCACAACUUGGUAUGCCUGGCUGCAGCAGGUAUGAACUUAGUUGCUGGAGGUUACUCAGACCCUCUUUGCGGCUACCAAGGCUGCACGACCAACCCUUACCCUGGCUUCACCGACUACCAGGGUAGCAGUGGCUCUUCAUUGAUUGAAGGAAUCACCACUGCCUCUCAGGAGCAAAAGAGCUCCACUAAUGCUACUCAGCAUGAAAACCUUCCCCAGUUUUCCCAGACCAAUGUUCCUUCUGCUCAAGUUGUUGCCUUGAGCGACUCCGAGGAACUCGAGGAUCUUUACGUCGACCACGAAAGAAUCUUCAACCCCGAGGCUAUUGGAGCCUGGUUGGAGGAUGUCGAUUUGGAAAACGCCGAGGCUGUCUCGAUGCCCAGUUCCAUUGCCAGUCUCAGCGACUUGGAAGACGACGUUUCAAGCGACGUUUCAAGCGACGUUUCAAACGAUGUUUCGAACGUUUCAGGCGACGUUUCGGAAACCAGCUUCUCCGGCGACAGUUUCUUCGACUGUGGCAGCGUUUCCGAUGACGAGUCCGUCUAUGAAACGGCCGCCGAGGACUUUGACGAGUUUGUCAAGCCUCCUCGUGCCAGAGCUUCCAAGAAGCCGGUUUCGCUUUUGAUUUCUAUGGAAAAGUCCCGUUAUAAGCGGUUCAAGAAGACACUCCAUAGAAAAGCCGCCGUUUCUCGGUUCGACCUUCUUCCCCAGAAGAACCCUUUUGAGGUUCUUCACGUCGAGCCCACAUUCGAGAAACGCCGCAAGACCACGUGGAUUCCGUUGUUGACGAACUUCAGUUUACCUGAACCCACCAGUCCAGUCCCCAAUUACAGAGAUGCCAAUCCUCUUUGGGACAUCCAGACGAUGGAGACUGGUGACUUCAACAUCUACCACAAGGCCUUCUGA